GAGAGAGAGAGAGAGAGAAAGACGCCCAGCCGCUGCUGACAAGCACGCCAUAGACUGAGAUAGACUGAGGUAGACUGAGGUAGAGCUUGUUGGUGGGUUUGUGUUCAGCAGCAGCAGCAGGAGGGAUACACACUACAACCUCCGCAUGCCAGAGGGUCGCGUGUUUCCAGUGUGGCGGGGGAUCGGGGUCGGUGCUGGCGUCAGAGGCGGGUGGAGCCAGGGCUGGGGACGCUGUCUGCAAUGGGAUCCUGACAGUCCCGGACAAGGGGCCCGGGUACCGGUGUUUGACUACCCUGUCUGGGUUGUCCUCUGCCGUGGGGGACGCGCCAGACUCUGGGAGGUUUGUCAGCGAGGGAGGGGUGCCAUCCGACUGCCCGCAGACAUGCUCAGCAUCAAGCUGCCCCAACUCUUUGACAUCCACCAGGUCCCCAAGGUGUUCAGGGAGGAUAGCAUCAUCUCUGGGUACCGUCACCCACGGAGCUCGGCGCUGGACUGCGUCCUCAGCAGCUUCCAGAUGAACAACGAGACCAUCAACAUCUGGACCCACUUCCUGCCAACAUGGUACUUCCUGUGGCGUUUCUGUGUCCUCUGCUCCACCAUGAACUUCCUGACUGACAGCUACACCUGGCCCCUCCUGGUGUACAUGCUGCUCAUCUGCAUUUACCCCUUCACCUCCAGCUGUGCGCACACCUUCAGCACCAUGUCCCCAGAGUCCCGCCACAUCUGCUACUUCUUUGACUACGGAGCGCUCAGCCUCUACAGUCUGGGUUGUGCCAUAAGCUACGGGUACUACGUCAUGCCGGACUGCUUGGUGAACAGCUGGCUCCAUCAACAUUUUGUCCCCAUCGCCAUUGGAAACACACUUUUCUGUACCAGUCUGUCCUGCUACUCCAGGUUCCUGGAGCUGCAGUUCCCUCAGAGAAGUAAAGCUCUGAGGACGGGAGCGUUCGUCCUUCCUUUUAUAUUUGACACGGUUCCUCUAGUUUACAGGAUCCUUCUCUGCUGCGGCGGGAGCUGCAGCCCGAGCGACGCCAUGUCCAGUCACUGUUACCACCUCCUCUUCGCCUUCCUCACCUGUUUCCUGUUCACCUCCCACCUCCCGGAGAGGUUGGCCCCCGGACGCUUCGACUACUUUGGCCACAGCCACCAGCUCUUCCACGUCUGCGCCGUGGUGGGGACCCACUUCCAGAUGGAGGGCGUGAUGGCCGACAUGACGUCGCGGCGGGCGUGGCUGCUGGCCCACGGGGCGACGCCCUCCUUCCUGGGGACCAUCGGCAUGCUGGUGGCCAGCCUGGUCCUCAACCUGGGCAUCAUCGGCAUCUUCAGCGCCCCGCUGCUGUGGAAGCCCUGCUGCAGCUCCAAGCAGCCGCACACGUCAGCGUGCGAGUGCAAGGAGCAGUGAGGGCGAACGUCCCACCAACGGCCACUAAAGUGUGUGUGUGUGUAAGUGUGUAAGUGUGUAAGUGUGUGUGUGUGUGUGUGUGUGUAAGUAAGAUGCCUAUUAAUGCCAAUAGUUUUAUCGUUUAGAGAGAAAGAUUGUCAUGCAUCCUGUUCCGUGCUAAAGCAUUUCUCUAACACACCUGAUACAUCUGUUCGUGUGUUCACUCAGCAGCUGAGGACCCAGUCGCUUUCAUUGAAGCCUUUCUUUCUUUCUUUCUUUCUUUCUAUCUGAUGUCACAUUGAGCUUGUUUGUCUACUGUGUACAAAAUGUCUGUUUAAUUUAUUUUUAAGGUUUCUCAAUGUGCAUUUUUGAAAAAGGCUCUGGGUUGAAGGACGCAUGCUGUUGCAACACAAGUGCCUUAUUGUAGACCCACACUGCAUUUACGAUGUUUACAGUGGACCACUACAAAUUAAAAUCUAAAACUGGAAACGUCUAAUGUCGCAGUUUGCAGGGAUUACAUUUGCAAUUACGGAUGUGUGUUUUUUUGCAUAAGCUAGGCCAGAAACUCCUCUACUUUAUUAAGGAUUUAUUGAACAUGUUCCAUGUAACUGGACGACUUGGUUAGUGUGGUUGUUGUAUGUCUAAACAGUCUUCAGCGUAGACGAACCUCAUUCAGUUCUACAUAAUAUAAUGCAGCUCUUAUACAGUAUACAUCCACAUAUUGAUUCCACUCAACAGGGACUGGAAUUGAUUUGCAGGUCAUGUGGUUCAUUUUUCCUGAUUGCCUGCCUUGUGAUGAACCCCCCAAUCGGCCCUCAGCAGAAGGGGGAAAAUUACAGCGCAUGCAUUGGUGAUUAAAAUACAGGUACCAUUUUUCUUCUUUUUUUUUUUUUUUUUAUAACCGUAUGUUUCCAUGACAACCCUACAGUGCCCUCAUGCCCCCUGAAGGUCUUGGAACAUUUCUCCUUUUUUUUUAAUGUUCUUAGCAAACGGCACCAUUCUCUCUUGUUCUUCCAUCACAUAUCAUAAAAUCUGUUCUGAACAUUUAUCAAUUACAAAAAAACUUCAACUCAGUGGUUGUAUUUUCCUAAUUUAUAAGCUUUUGAAUGUUUCCAGUCCCGUCAAUUUUCCAACACGUUUGGUUUAUUACUAAGAAAAAUUAAGAAUAAAGUGAUGAGUGAGAAAAAAGUAAAUUUAGUCAUAGUAUGGUUUGUAUUAAUAACAUGGAAGUAUUGUGGUGUUGCUGUAUUGUGGUGCAUACACUUUAUUACAAACCAGUCCCCCUCCUUCAAUACUGUGGUUAUCUUGUGCCAUGAGACUGUUUGUAUAAGCUUCAUUUAGCACUGAAAUAAUAAUUAUAUAUUUAUAGAAUUGUAUUAUAUUUAUCAUUUUAUUCAGUUGCAUAAAGGGGGAUAAGGUAUGUUUUUCUCUUUUUGGGAAUAGAUAGAUUAAGUAACUAUAGUUCUUAAUAAAUUAAAGAUUCAUAGGCUGUAAUCUGUGACUGUUAUUGAGCUUUGUUUCCUUAAAACACGAGAAAAGAGUUCAGGCAGAUUGAAGCUGAAUAAUUUCAGCUCUGUAGAAGAGCUGAAAUUUUUUGUUUAGUUAAGUAAUAAAUAUAUUAUUAGACUGACAGAACUAUUUUUGAUAUAAAUCAAUUUAAUCACUUUUCAGCCCAAAAUGCCAAACAUUUGCUCCGUAUGUUCCAGCUUCUUAUUCUACUUCAUUAUAAAUUGAAUACUUUUGGGGUUUUGCCUUUUUUGGACAAAAAUAUGGAAAUUGUGAUCUGCAAUUUGCCAGUUUUUCCUUUUAUUAUUAUUAUUAUUUUUUUUUAGAUGUUUUAUAGACAAAACAUUUGAUCGAGAAAUAAAUAGUUGAUUAUUAAAUGAAAAACUGGUUCAAAUUAUCUCCGAUUUUUUUUAACUUGUUUUAAGAAAAUCUAAAUUCUAAGGACUUAAUAAUGGACAAAAAUAACCUGAUAAGAUGCAUAAACUGCAUAUUUGUUAAUAACCUCAUCAAAGCAGCCAUAUCAGUACUGUAUAUACAGCCUAUGCUUCAGAGACUGGUGAAGAAGUAUUGUUUAAUAGGUUUCUAAUGGGAGACGGGACAUCUCUGUUGUAGCUCUAACACACUGCAGGUACAGAGUUCAUUAAUGCUCAUUGUACUUGACAAACUGUUCGGAAGGCUCAUUUGUAUAAAAUAGGUUUUAAAGCAUGUUUUGCACAAAUGUACACUUUAUCCACCGUUAACACCAGUAGUUUGAACACACAACGCACAGGAAGCAUGCUAACACACACACACACACACACACACACACAUACUCACACACAAAAGGGCUGUUGUUAGACAGUUUGAUAAGGGGGGAAAAUGUACGUUGUUAUUAUGGGAAUGUGGGGUGUCACAGGUCCAUGUUGGACGCUGACGUAGGAAGGUCGGACGCAUGGUGAAUGUGUAGAUUCACAAAGAGCACACACACACUUUUAUAUCACAACAGGGGAGUUGUUUAAGAUGUUUUCAAGGUUAGUGUGCAGAGUAUAAAAGUAUCAGACAAUAUGGAGUAGUAUUUGCCUUCAAUGUGGUUUCCAACGACCCUGUCUCUGUUUUUAUUUCCAUCCUGGCCGAGCAUUGAUCGAUUUUCUUAUUUUUUUAUUUUCUCUCCAGUCAUUAUCUUACAGCGUUCCUCUGUUUGACCCUGUUGAUUCUUGGAAUUGCAUCAUUACUGGCUUCUCUUGUGGUUCUUUGGUAUCGACCCAAACUAGUUGGAACUCAUUUAUUUCUGAGUUGUUGUUGUUGUUGUUGUUUUUUUAUGUUGCCGUCAUCUCACUCAUCCUCAGCCGUUCGGUGCCUGCACUGUGUCUCAGCAGUUUGACGGUUAUGAAGGCUUCUACAUCAAAUGUGGUCGAUUACUGAGUUGCAUAUUUACGUUUAUUGUUGACCAAAUUAUCGAUUCAAAGCCCAGACAUUUCUUCAGACCAGAUCACUGUUACUUUGAGGGCUACUUGUCAUGUAAACCUUUUCUUGGUUUACUCCUCAAGCAGAUUCAGGUUUAAAUUAUCAGGAAACCUGGUAAACAGAACACAGCUUAUUGAAGGAUGUUUGAAAAUGUGAAAUAGAGAGAAAAAAGAUGAGUGUAGGAUGAAACAUUUGGUGCAACAAGAAUUCAAAUCUGGGUUUGAAAGAGUCAUUGGUGCCUUUUUAAAAGAAAAAGAAAAUAAUGUUUUAUACAACCUUUCUUUUUAUAUAAUGCUCUUUGUUCCUUGUGUGAUUUAAAAACCACUCUUAAAAUGUAUAAAUACAUAUUUGUCCUUUGCUGUGUAUAAUUUGUAAUUUGCUACUUUGUUCUACUAGACACGUGUAAUA